AUUACCAAAAAUUAUUUAUCGACAAUGUCAAGCGUGUUACAACAGAUAAGAGAUAAAGCCUCGAUAACCGGCUCUGUAGAUAUGUUCAUUGUGAAUGGACCUGAAGAGAUUGGUGAUAUUUCCCAGGAAAUAUAUGAAAGUGGUUCCAGACCUUUAAAGGCUGAAGAUUUUCCGAUGAUCGAAACUGACCGACAUUUCAAUGAAGCACAAUUCAAGAUCGAGAAAAGUACUCUUCAAGACUGUUUCAAGGCUUGUUUGAAUGAUGAUGAUUGUAAUACACUUUCAUACUGCGUCAAUCAGAAUAAGGAAUGUAUUCUGAGUGGAGAAACAUCAAGUUCAUUGAAAGACUCACUUAAAGACAAAACAAGUCAUGCAGACGGCUGUAACAUCUAUCAAAAAUUAUUUAUGAAUCUAUUUCAUGAUUAUCCUGGCAAAAGUCUAGUUCUGGAUGCCGUGUCAACCAUAUCUAAUGUACAAAUAGCUGAUUGUGCUAAAACAUGUACUCAAUCAAAUGAUUUCAAUUUUGAAUCAUUCGAUUAUUGUCAAGAUAGUAUUCAACGGUAAGUCGAAACAUAAAAUAACCUACUC